CGCAGGUACAAUGUCAUUCUUCCAGCGUCUCGUUUCGUACGUGAUCAACGACGUGGCCGUCAAGGCGCUGUCCAACUCACGCGCCUUCCAGCGCUUCGCUCUCAAGACGCACUACCACGUGGAGGACGCCAAGACCAUGGCUUCUACUGGCGCCGACGUGCUCAAGAACUCGGUGGAUAACUACGCGCCCAAGGUCAAGGAGUUCACACAGGCCUUCCGGGAGGAAGUCGCACGAGACCUCAAGAAAAUGAAGUGAACAGGGGAACUUGCAACUAGUAGCAGAGAUUACAGUGGUGUACAUCGUUUAUAAUGCAUUUUCUUUUGGUCAUAGAAACUGGUGUUGGCUAAAGCUGCCGAGCACACGACUGGCCUUCAGUGACAGCCAUAUUGGAGCAGCCCUCUCCGACUAGCGAGAGGCCUCGCCCACCUAUACCCUCAGCCUAGAUCUCAUUUCCCUUUUUUUUCUUUAAGGGGGGGUCAUUUGAUUAUUUCGUGAAUGCAACGUUUUAUUAAUACCACGUAGUAAAAUGUUUUAUAGCGUG